AGCGGAACAACUUUGGGCCGAAGGACCAUGAGAGGGCCGGAACCGGGUCCCGAAGCUACGAUGGAGGGGGACGUGCUUGACACGCUAGAGGCGCUGGGGUAUAAGGGGCCACUGUUAGAAGAGCAAGCCCUUAUAAAGGCAGCAGAGGGUGGACUAUCUUCACCUGAAUUUUCAGAGCUCUGUGUUUGGUUAGGCUCUCAAAUAAAAUCAUUGUGCAACUUGGAAGAAAGUAUCACUUCAGCUGGGAAAGAUGAUCUAGAAAGCUUCCAGCUUGAGAUAAGUGGCUUUUUAAAAGAAAUGGCAUGUCCAUAUUCUGUACUCGUAUCAGGAGAUAUUAAAGACCGUUUAAAAAAGAAGGAUGACUGUUUGAAACUUCUAUUAUUUUUAAGUACAGAGCUUCAAGCUUUACAGAUAUUACAGAACAAGAAACGUAAAAAUUCUCAAUUAGAUAAAAAUAGUGAAAUUUAUCAGGAAGUUCAAGCUAUCUGCGAUACCCUUGGUAUUCCCAAGUCAGCAACUUCUGACAUUCCACUUAUGCUGAACCAAGUGGAAUCAAAGGUGAAAGAUAUUCUCUCACAAGUCCAGAAAAAUCAUGUGGGAAAACCACUGCUGAAAAUUGAUUUAAAUCUGGAACAGGCGGAACAACUGGAAAGAAUCAACGAUGCCCUUUCCUGUGAAUAUGAGUGCCGUCGGCGGAUGUUGAUGAAACGAUUAGAUGUAACAGUGCAGUCCUUUGGAUGGUCUGAUAGAGCAAAGAUAAAAACAGAUGACAUAGCAAGAAUUUACCAGCCUAAGCGUUAUGCUUUGUCACCCAAGACAACAAUAACCUUGGCACAUCUACUUGCUGCCCGUGAAGAUCUAUCCAAGAUCAUCAGGACAAGUAGUGGCUCCAGCCGGGAGAAGACAGCAUGUGCCAUUAAUAAGGUGCUGAUGGGAAGGGUGCCUGACAGGGGAGGACGGCCGAAUGAAAUUGAACCACCACCCCCUGAAAUGCCCCCUUGGCAAAAGAGACAAGAAGGCGGCGGAAGGGGUGGUUGGGGUGGUGGAGGUGGAGGUAGAGGAGGUGGUGGGAGCGGAAGAGGCGGUUGGGGAGGGGGUGGGGGGUGGGGAGGGGGUGGUGGAGGGGGAGGGGGGUGGGGUGGAGGUGGAGGGGGUGGUGGUAGAGGAGGAGGUUUCCAAGGCAGGGGAGAUUAUGGUGGAAGAGGGGGGUAUGGAGGAAGAGGGGGCUAUGGAGGAAGAGGUUAUGGAGAUCCAUAUGGAGGAGGAGGUGGUGGAUAUAGAAGAUAUUAAAAGCUACAGCAUUUAGAUAACAGGCUUACUUCUUAAUAGAUACAUUAGGCAUAGUGUUCUAAAUAACUACUUGAAUGUCAUCUUUGAAGUAAACACCAUGUUAGAUUCCCUGAUGAUAUCAUUCUUGAAUUUAGAAUGUAAAGAGCAUUGUUUUAUACUACUACUUGAUCUCUUAGACAGAGUGAUGAUUUUUUCCAUAUUCUGUGUACUCUUGAGCAUGUUAUGUCUUUUUAAAAAACAAAAAAAUGAGCAAAAAUUAUUUUUAAAAGUGUAAAUAUAUUAUUACCAUCAAACUUGGAAAAUAGAAAGUAUUUUAUUGUCAUGGUUGAAUUUAGAUUGUUACCUGUAUUUUUUUCAGGUCUGAAACACAUAAAUGACCCCACUUGUAGUGGAAAGGAAUAUAGACUAUUGCCUCAUCUGUAUUCCUGUGGCUGUGUUUUGCGUUUGUUAAUCCUACUUUACAAAAUAGGGAAAGGGACUGAUUGAUAGUUGUGUUCAAGGGGAAGGUUUCUUGACUUUUUCUUUCUUUUAUAUGAGCAAUUCCUCUGGCCAGGUUUGUGUUAAAAUUCCAUUAAUUGAAGCUGAAGUCUGGUUUUUGCUAUGCAUAUUUGAUUUAUUUUCCAACUGGAUUUGAAAUCUGUAUGAUUUUGUUUGACUGACAGCAGAAUUAAAGACUGAGGUCAGAAUUACUCUAAAGGGACAAA